AUGGGCAAUUGGGGAGAGGUUGCGGAGCGGAGCACGUGGGUUGAGGAUAACUCUCCGGCGCUGGAGAUGUACGGAAUGGGCAACUGGGGGGAGAUUGCGGAGCACGUGGGGUCCAAGAGCAAGACACAGUGCCACGACCACUACCUCUAUGAUUACCUGCUGUCACCCACCGGUCCCUUGCCUGACCUGACUCGCCUGCGGACCCAAGCAGACACGGAAGCAGCCAAGGCAGCAAUGGAGGAGCAGGAGGCGGCAGAGACUGCAGCGAGGGCACAGGAGGCAGUUCUGUUCAAUGUUCCUGCGGUCAAGCCAGAGUCAGGAAGCAAGGCGGACGAAGCAGCAGCGCCGAUAACGAGUGGGUACAACACGAAGCGCAACGAGUUUGACCCGGAAUACGACAACGAGGCAGAGGCACCGCUGGCAGAACUGGAGUUCAAAGAGUCAGACUCGAGCGUGGAUAGACAACUGAAGAUCAAGAUGCUUCACAUCUACUACUCACGGCUGGAAGAGCGGUCCAGGCGCAAGGCCUUCAUCCUGGAACGCGGUCUGCUGGACCCGAGAAGAGUGGACGGAACGAUUCGACCCGAAUCCAGCACCGGCAGCAGGGAGAGAGUUAGGGUCCGGGACAGGACAGAUGAACAACACAAGAGAGAGGAUGGUGCGGAACAGGGAGGGGAGAGGGAAGGGGGAACUCUGGGGGAGGUGGGGGCAGAAGCGGGAGAGGGAGGGGGAGAGAAGGGGGAAGGGGGAGGGAAGCGCGGAGGGAAGCGAGGAGGCGGUGGGGAGAGGAGAAGGUCGAAGGAGGAGAGGGAGAUGUUUCUGCGGUGCCGCGUGUUUGCGAGGUUUCUCAGUGCAGAGGAGCACGAGGGGCUGGUGCAGAGCUUGACCCAGGCACAGCGACUCAGAGACAGAGUGGCCGUGCUGCAGGUGAGAGCGGCUUGCUUGUGGGAUGUCACUGUUUCUAGGCGCCUCAAAAAGCGAGGAGGCGGCGGGGAGAGGAGAAGGUCAAAGGAGGAGAGGGAGAUGUUUCUGCGGUGCCGCGUGUUUGCGAGGUUCCUGAGUGCAGUAGAGCACGAGGGGCUGGUGCAGAGCUUGACACAAGCGCAGAGGCUGCGAGACAGAGUGGCCGUUCUCCAGGAGCUGAGAGCAGCGGGGUGCAAGUCACUGGCAGAGGGGCGUCGGUUCAUCCAGGCCCAUUACAAGGACAACCCCGCCGCUGCUGCUGCUGCCAUCGCGUGCCUUCCACCCUCCGCCACAGCCAUUAGCACAGCAUCAUCAGGAGGCCCCUCAGCUGCUCUUGACAUCUCCUCCCACCCAGGAUGCGACCUUCUAUCAGCCAAGGUCAUCUUACUGCAAGCAGCCGUCUCAGGGAGAGCCGUUAUUUUGCAGCAGGCAGCCCUCUCAGGAGGCACCAUCUCAAGAGCAGCAGUUAUUUUGCAGCAGGCAGCCCUCUCAGGAGGCACCAUCUCACGAGCAGCGGUGCACCGACUCUUCCGCCUGCCCCCCGCCACCACGGACACCCUUUGCCCUGUUUCAUGCGCACACGGCCCCCUCUCCGACCCACUGCCCACCCAUCCCAUCAGGUCAUCUUGCAGCAAGCAGCCCACUCAGGAGGGGCCAUCUCGCGAGCAGCGGUGCAUCGACUCUUCCGCCUGCCCCCUGCCACCACCGAUGCCAUUUUUAGACUCUUGCUGGGGGCCGGGUGGAUAG